AUUUGGAGAGAAAUUUGGACCUGAAAUAAAUACAACAAGUGCUGAAGAAGGAGUAGGUGUAGCUCGUCGUGGACGUCGCACACGCAAACCUUCUGAGCAUUCAACUGGAAUUGACAGGUCGGUAAUAGAGAGCGCAGGGCUAGCGUACAGGGCAGCGGUAGUGGACCACAGCCUGCCGCAUCUGGAGAUGCCCGUGGCUAGGCCAGGCGCUAUGCCCUACCCACCGCCGGAACCUCCGGCUAUAUUGAAAUAUUUAAAAGGACAGGUCCGCGAUGCAUUCCAUACUCCCCUAGCAAUCUUUGAUAAAAGGCGCGACCACAAUGAGCGAGGAAAUGUUCGCGGAAAGCGCCCGGUUGCGUGGCAGCUGCUAUUGGAGCCAGACCGGGAACUGAGCUCUUGCGCCGCUGCCUUGUUCAUACUGGCAGCUGUUAAAGCACCGCAUACAGCUACUGAAAUCAUGCAUAACGAUCUAAAACACGCCGACCCCGGAGUCAGGAUCAACGCAAUACUAAGAUUUCAAGUAAUGUGGAAGCUCAGAUACCAAGUGUGGCCGCGAAUGGAGGAAGGCGCAUCUAUGACGUUCAAAGUACCUCCGCCAGGCAUCGAAUUUACACUACCCUCUCCUAAAAUUGGAAUUGAGUCUCUAGCUGUUGUUGAUCCACCAUGGAGUCCGCAAGUGAAGGACAAAGAUAUGGAAAUGACUUUGAAUCAGGAACGACAUCGAUCAUUAGUAACAGCAACAAAAACCCGCAAGAAGCAGCAGACGGAGGCGAUAAAACGCGCACUGCAACAACGUAAUGAAAAACGCGCAGAACGAGAGAGUUUUCUCAUCACCACCAUUCCGAUAACCAGGCAAGCGGCGAGGGAGCCAGCACUAGACCACGUGGCUGACGACCAUAUUGAACCUCCAGCUGAUGAGGAGAUGGUGGAAGGAGUUCGCGGUUCUCAUCACACUCAAGUGGCCUCAGCUCUAUUCUCGUUCACGUUAUGUCUCAACGCAUAUUUUGUGAUCUGGGGAUGUCUCGUUGAAGACUCGGCUUUGUUCCUUCGCCACGUACUAGAACGUCUGACUCGUGAUCACCAAGAUGAAAUGUUCAAACUUCUUCGACAUCUGAUUCGAUUUAUUCCACGACUGCCGCAGCAAGCUGCAUUCGCUCUCUACAACUAUAUUAUAGGAUACGUCAUGUUUUAUGUGAGGAGUCCACAUGAAGAAGGGCAGAGACUUGUUGGUGCCGCUUUGUCUAUACUGUGGAUGGUGGUACAUAGCGUUCACGGAAUAAUGUUCAAAGAUUUGAAACAGAUUUUGCGUAAAGAGCAAUGCGAUGCAUCCAUUUUGUUAACAGCUAAUGUGCCAGCCGCGAAGAAAAUCAUUGUUCACGGACCUUCUGACAAUGAAGGCAGUAUUCCAUCGCAAUUCCCCGUGCAAGAAGAUACAAUAUUUUCACAAAUUUUGAAAGAGUCUUUAGAUUUCUUCAGCAUUCCAGAAAACAUGCAUCACGAAUAUUUUCUUGUUGACUUUAAAACACGUCAAAUCCACAAUCCGCAGAACUACGUGCGCGAUCAUUAUUUCUUCAAACGAUCUCAAUACCCUCAGUGGCUCGUGCACAUGGAGCCAGAAGAAGCAUUCAACAAAUUGCAACAGCAAGAGUUGUUGCUCAAAUUCAUCGAAAUCGGAAAGGUCUUGCUUACUUGGGCUAUACUCAAAAACGUAGACAUGGUUGUCCAACGUGUAGUGUUUCUGCACGAUGAACUAAUGAAGCUGCCAUCAUUUCCUCGCAAAGCGCUUGAGGCAGACCUAGGUCUUUACAGCCGCGGGCCGCUUGGUACCACACUCUUAGGACUGGAUGUCCUGCACAAAUUUAUGUGGGUCCGACUCAUAGCUCGAAUGUUCGAAGCCAUGGCUGGUAACUUUACAUCAUCAAGGGAUAUUCAUUUAUUCCUAAACGUGCUCAAUGGCGCCCUGAUGUUACAUAGCGAAGAUGCUUUGAUAUUGAGAUACGUCAUAGCGACUUAUGUUAAUGCUGCGUCUAACUUUAAAAGUAUUUUCUCUACUAAUGGCUAUUUACUUAUCAUGCCAACAUUGCUCCAAAUAUAUUCAAACUUCCAAACAAACAAGCUCGUGACGACAACAAUAGAGUACGCAGUAAAGCAGUUUUACUUACUGAACAGAAAACCAUUUAUUUUGCAAAUGUUUGGCUCGGUAUCCGCCAUAUUGGAUACAGACGAAGAAGCAACUUACGGUGAUGCAAGUAAGGUACAAUCUAGCUGUCUAUUCAAUUUACUUCUAAGCCUUGAAACACCGUCACCGGACCCGCUUCACAUAGCGGAACUAAUAAAGGAAGAAAAGCCGUUAAAACCCAUAGACUUCUGCUAUCGAGAUGAAGAAGAAAUGGUUAAUGUACUGGACUGCAUCAGUUUGUGUGUGAUGGUGGUGUCUUAUUCAGCUGAGAGUAUGAGGGGAUAUCAAAUGUUGAUAAUACUGGAAGCUAUCCUGCCAUGUUACGUCAAACAAAUCCAACUACCGACGUAUAACAGAGAAGGCAAGACAGAGAAAGAAAUCAUUCAACAACUGGCGAUAGCUAUCAAAACUCUUAUCAAUAAUUGUGAAGGACUAUCAAAAUCCUAUAAUGGCCCAUACAGAACCUCGCCAGAACAUAAAGGUUCCUCCCAAAGAACAGGGCCACGCACGGGCGCUGCCACCAUUAUAGCAUUCGAGGAAUCGCAUUCAAAAUUCGACAAUUCCAAAAUGCCGCCACCCGAAUAUACCGGUGCUGAAGAUUCUGAGCUGAUCCGCGCGGAAUACCGUCGACCUCGUGAUGUGUUACUAUCACUGGUUGGUGACUUCAUCGGACGAGCCACCACACGACUACUGGAACUCAACGGCUCUAAAGGAAGCGGUGGAAGUGAGGGCAAGCCCGUGGAACUGCUGGACAGUAAAUCGCAUGUUCGUUUGGCAGACAUAGCCCACGCGUUACUCAAAGUAUCGCCAUACGACCCGGAAUCAAUGGCAUGUCGAGGUCUCCAGAGGUACAUGAAGGAAGUUCUGCCUGUGGGCGACUGGGCCGAUGAUACCCUACGCGCCGCCCUGCUCAUGAUCCUGAGACGUCUGGAUAAAGUGUUCCUGAAGAUAGCUAAGAAACCUGGCAUACGAAGAAACACCGAUUGGGAUUCUGCAGCGGAACUGCUAAAAGGCGUUUACGAAACAAUGAUAAGAUGUCCGUACAUAAUGCAUUGGCCACAAAUGAAAACACUCCUUAACACAGUACAG